CCUCCGGCGGCCGCUCCGGGACGCGGCGGCGGCCACGUCUGAAAGCGGCUCAUUGUCUGUCUGCGGAGCGGCGGCACCUGGAGCGACCCGGCGAGGGCAGCAAGCCAGUCAGCCAGCGGGUCUCAGCCCCCAGGCCCCGCCUGCCCCCUGUUUUCCAAAUCCCCCACGUCUCCGAGGAAAGCGCUGGUGAGUCUUGGCCGAGGUGAGGAGCCGAAACGGGGCAGCCGCGGGGACUCCGGCCCAGGACGGCAGCUGGGGGUUCUGCCUCCCCCACCGGGUUCUCCCGGGGGCAGCAGCAGAGUCCCUCGGCUUGGCCAGCUGCCCCCGCCCGCCCGCCCUCGCUCUCCUCCACUUCCACUCAUCUCGUGCGGGACCGGAGAGUCAGGCCCGCGCGGCGUCGAGGGCUUCGAGGUCUGUGCGCCGCCGGACUUGGAGGCGCGGCAGGCGUAACUCAGAGAACGAAAGAAGCCGCGACGGCCUUGGAGCGCGUGCAGAGUGCGCCCUUAUCCAAGCAGCGUCCUCUUGGCGGACGCUGGCUGAAGCCCUGGCGCAUCUCAAGCAGCCGCCCUUAAGCUCUCGGGUCGGGAGAAACGUGCAUCGCUCUGGGCUUCCUCCUGCAACUGCCUGCCUCGCUGCUUGGCGGUGGAUGGCUCACUUUGGCACAGCUCCGGGGUCUCUUCCUCCUCCUGGCACUGUUUGCAGUUGGUAUCUUUUUGCACAGGCUCUGCUUGGAAGUUGACUCUGAGUGGGUCAUAUGUCACGGGAGAAGUUAUGCUUUACUUGAGUUUGUUUUUAGGGGGGGGAGUGAUGGUUACUUGCAUUUUCUGCACAGAUUGUGCAAAUGAACUAGAACUGUACCCUAUACUCUGCCUUGAGUUCCUUGGAAUAAAGGUGGGAUAGAGCUAUGGACAACAAAUAAAUACUUAAAAAACAGAUUUGUCCAUCUCUGUAUCUAAUGGUCAGGGGUCCCUUUACCUUUACAUUUACUUGCCAAUCAGAAGGUUAUCCCCGUGAUGGGGUGAGCUCCCGUUGCUCGGUCCCUGCUCCUGCCAACCUAGUAGUUCAAAAGCACAAAGUGCAAGUAGAUAAAUAGGAACUGCUCCGGCGUUUCCAUGCGCUGCUCUGGUUUUGCCAGAAACGGCUUAGUUAUGCUGACCACAUGACCCGGAAGCUGUACACCGGCUCCCUCGGCCAGUAAAGCGAGAUGAGCUCCGCAACUCCAGAGUCGUCCGUGACUGGACCUAAUGGUCAGGGGUCCUUUUACCUUUGCCUUUUUACUCAUUUAGUAUAACUACUUCAAAGCUAAAGGAGACGAGGCUGACCUUUAGCUCUUGUCCCCUCCCCACAGCAUCUCCAAAAUUAGGCUGAGAAAGACCCCUGUUAGUAAACUGGUGAACCUCUAUGGAGACCAACCUUUGCCAGUCUGGUGGUGCCUUCCAGAUGUUUUGAACUACAAGUCUUUCACCUUGCCUAUGCUGGCUGGGGCUGAUGGGAGCUGCUGCAGUCCACUAGUCCCUGCACACUUUCCCCUGCAGAUUAGAAGACAAGACACAUCUAACUGUUUCAAAAGAUAACUUGAGAUUUUCAGAAUGCUAAAUUGAGCUUUGGGUCUUGCAUUCUGUCCUUCCACACACAGCAGAAUACAAUCAAUGUGGAAUAAAGACUGCCUCCAUUGCCCUGUUUCCCCCCCACCUGAACAGCAGUGUGUUUGUUCCAAACUCUUUUGUACUCUCUGAGCAUCACUAUUGUCUCAUCCUCCAGCCUGCUGUUUUUCAUGGCUCUCACUGACAUGCAUAUCUGAACUGGUUAGUCGUUUCCGGGCAUUAUCAAUACAAUAUGUAUGGCAACCCAGGCUGUUACUUGUUUGCAUGCAAGGUCCUUGUGUGUCAUCGUCAUCCUACUGAAAACUGAACAGCUCCCCCUCUCUUUUUCCUCCAGUUGUGCUCUGCUUCAGCCAGAAUGGUGAGGAUCCGAAUAUCCAGCACUACAGUUGCAAUCUUCCUUGUGAUUCAGACAGGAUUUCUACUGUUUUUGUGUGUUCAGCAUGGUGGCUUUAUGUCUCAGUCUGAAGAGAAACCACCCCAGGUGCACAUUCUCAUCCUCUCCUCCUGGAGGUCAGGGUCUUCCUUUGUCGGGCAGCUCUUCAGCCAACACCCUGAUGUCUUCUACUUGAUGGAGCCAGCCUGGCACGUGUGGGUAACCAUGUACCAAAACAGCGCCAAGGUCUUGCACAUGGCAGUGCGGGACCUCAUCCGGUCAGUCUUCAAGUGUGACAUGUCAGUCUUCGAUGCCUACCUGCCAUGGAAGAGAAAUGUGUCAGAUCUUUUCCAGUGGGCAGUGAGUCGUGCCCUGUGCACAGAUCCUGUUUGUGAAUUUUUCCACCGCACUGAUAUCACCAGCGAAAGUGCCUGCAAGGCUGUCUGUGGGAAGUCCCCCUUCAGCAAAGUGGAAGAGGCCUGCAAGAGCUAUAGCCACGUUGUCCUGAAGGAAGUCCGGAUCUUUGACCUCAAGGUGCUUUAUCCUCUCCUCACUGACCCCUCCCUGAACCUCAAAGUCAUCCACCUCGUCCGUGACCCCAGAGCUGUUGUGAAAUCCCGGGAGCAAUCAGCAAAAGCUCUUGCCCGUGACAAUGGGAUUGUCUUGAGCAUGAAUGGCACAAAAGUGGAAGAUGGCCAGUACAAAGUCCUGCAGGAGAUCUGUAGAAGCCACGUUCAGAUUUAUGAAACAGCAACCCUGAAACCUCCAAGUUUUCUGAAAGAUCGUUACUUGAUGAUCCGGUUUGAAGAUCUUGUACGAGAUCCUUUAGUGGAAAUUACAGCAAUGUAUAAAUUUUCAGGUCUUCAGCUGACCAGCAAACUUGAAAACUGGAUCUAUAAUAUCACCCAUGGACAAGGGCCAAGUAGGAAGAGGGAGGCCUUCCAAAUCACUUCCCGAGAUGCAGUCAAUGUCUCCCAGGCAUGGAGGACUGUUCUUUCGUUUCAGAAGGUCAAGCAAGUGCAAGAGGUUUGCAAGGGUGCCUUAAAUAUACUCGGAUACCAACUUGUAGAUUCUGAGAAAGAACAGAAAGAUUUGUCAUUCAAUUUAGUGUUGCCACAUCGAAAAAGUCAAUUCAGCUGGGCAUCCUUUAGUGAAAAUUAGGGGAAGUAUGACUAUCUGUAAUCUCUUCCCCCCCACCCCAGGUAACUGGAAAAUAUUUAUUUUGAUUGCUGAAUUCUGUGCUUCUAGUUAUCAUCCUUUUGCCAUUUACAUAAACUAGAGCAAAUGGAAUAAAGGGGUGAUAUGUAGUUCGCAGAAAUAUAUCCUAUUGGAUCAGUCAUUGUACCACACUGUCCUGCUAUAUUUGUAGGUAUCAGGAAUGCCUUUUUUUAUUUAAUAACAAUGUAGAACUUCCAGAAACUGCAUUAUAUUUGACAUAACUCUUCAAUACAAAAUACUUUCCCUUUGCUUCUGAGAAAAGGGCAAGAAAGUAACUAUGGUAUUCUGGGUUCUGCAUUAUUUUUUAAACAAAAUAUGUUCACAUGCUGGGCUGUCAAAUUACUGAUAAAUGAGCUUUGGUCUUCUUUGCUCAUGUUAGCUAACCCUCUGAAUAGCCACCUUGUUUAGGGUGGAGGAGUUGAAAGAAAGCCCAAUGUUGCUGUUCAAAUGAACCAUUUGGCUGCUGUCUGCUCUGGUGACAGACAAUGGGCUGGUCCCUAAAAUCAUUAUAUAUGUGUUAUAUAUACGUGUGGGAGAAAUCUCUGUAUGCAGCACUGAAUGCUCACUUCUAAUGAAGGCCAUCACUGAACAUGUAAUCUUUUGUGCUUCAUAGCUGCUAAAAAAAUAGCGGGGAGAAAAGGAGGAUUCUGCUAGAGAUACACAGAAGAAACUUGGGGCUUAUUCUCUUCUUUCUCUUCAAACUUAAAAUACUGCCAUUGGAUUGGACAGAUGACUAUGCAAAGACUAUGCAAAUUGGACAGAUGACUAUGCAAAGAUUGUUCAAUGCUUCUUAAUGUGGCUGCCAUAUGCAGGUACUUUGGAAUAUUUCUCCAGAGGCACUUGCUGGUUGCUUUCUUUCUAACUUUGGCUGGGGUCCUAGCAUCUGGUUGUAAUGUCAUUGAGCUGACCAUGGGCCUCAGAUAUUUCCCCAGAAGGAGAGAACCUGCACCUAUUGGAGAUUUCCUUCCCCAUGAAUGGAGUUCCUCAGCCAAAGGCACCCUUCACUGUGCAGAGCCUGUACUCUUAAUCCAGAAUCCAAAUUGCAGAGAUGUGGGAAUGGGUCCCACCAUCCAGGAUCCAGAAGUGUUUGGGGGGAAGAGCAGUGGAUAGUUUCUCAAAAGUGGAGUGCUGGGAAUCAGUUCUGCCUCUGGAAGCCCCCGCUCCCCACAACAAGUCAUGAUUUGGAAGCUGUACAGCUGAACCACAGGCUGGGAUGGGGGUUGGGGGUGUGUGGGGAAGGUUGUGUUGGGAGGGGGAGUAAUCUUUUCCCCUCACACAUUUAUUCUGCCAUUAGAAUGGGCUCUGGGGCUCCCUUCCAGUUCAGGUUUGCGUUGGGGCUGAAUCCCACUGCUUUGUACCUUUGUAUGUUAAUAAAAGUUCUAUUUCCAUAUGUCUGUGGUGAAUUCUCACUUAGAGAACCAUUUGCUAAUCAGGUUUCCAUGAGGAAGGCCAAGUAGAUGUGACCCCCUUAAAUGGGGGGGGGGGGGUUCCCAGACUGAAUGGAGGGGGGAUGCUUCUCAAAUCAUAGAUACUGCAGAGAUAAAUGAUUAACACUCUGGUAAUAUUUGAAUGUGGGGCAUCCAACACAAUCUAUAGCAGUUUCAGAAGACACGGGGAAUUCCAUCACACACUAAUCAAUUCUCCUGUGGAACUGUUUGCCACUGAAUGUUGUAUAUAUAAAUUCAAUAAAUGAUGAUGAU